GAGGCGCUCUGCAGCUCUUUAGUCCGCCAAUAAACCAACUAAAGAAAGAAAGAAAGAGCUCGCGUUUGAUGUGUUUGUGUAUUCUCAGUGUUUUUCUCUCUUGAGUGUAAACAGAGUCUUGUCUUUAUUUUUUAGUGUUGAUGAUGAGAGAUGAGAUGUCCUGUAAAUCUACUGAUCAAACCUCCACAGAGUCUCUGGAUUCUGUCUGUAACGCUGGAGAACAGCAGCAGAUCCUGCAGACCAAACUCAAGAUGUGUUCAGUCAAACUCAUCGACUGCACGAACCUCAUGAUGAAGAUCAAAACUGAACCUACAGAAGUAAAAACUGAACCUAUAGAAAUAAAAACUGAACCUACAGAAGAAGAAUAUGAAGACAAUCAGGAUGGUCAUGAUUUUAUUCCUUCAGAUGUGAGGAGUGAAUUAUGUUUGGAUGGAGAAAUAACGUCCUCGACUCUUUCCUGCAUCACCGGUGGAAAGACAUUGAGAUCACAGAGACAUUUAGAGAGAAAACACACAGAACAGAAACUCUUCGCUUGUACCAGAUCUGAGAACAGCUUUACUACCUUACAAGAGAAAAAACGUCAUUCAGAAGAGCACAGAGACGAGAAGUUUCACUGUCAGCAGUGUGGGAAGGAUUUUGACUUCAUAUCUCAGCUAAAACGUCACAUGAGGACCCACAAUGGUGAAAAACCUUUCUACUGCACUGAAUGUGGCUAUUACUUCAGAACCAAAGGAACUCUUAAUGCUCAUAAGAAAAUUCACACAGGAGAAAAACCAUACGAGUGUCCUCACUGUGAGAUGAAAUUUAGCCUCAAACAUCAAUGGAAGAGACACGUGCGUAUACACACCAAUGAGAGACCGUAUAAGUGCCCUGAAUGUGGAAUAACCUUUAGGCAUUCAGAUUCAUUAAAAUCACACCUGAAUAUUCACUCUGAAGAGAAACGCUAUCAAUGUUCACACUGUGAUAAACGUUUCAGUCUUAAAACUACCCUUAUAGUCCAUGAGAGAGUUCACACUGGAGAGAAACCUCAUUACUGUAUUGUUUGUGGGAAGAGUUUCAGUCGACAUGAACGUUUAGUAAAUCACCAGAGAAUUCAUACAGGUGAAAGACCUUACAAAUGCUCUCAGUGUGAGAAGACGUUUAUGGAGUCAGGUCACUUAAAAGCCCAUCUGAGAGUUCACACUGGAGAGAAACCUUACAAAUGCUUUCAGUGUGGGAAGACGUUUACUCUGUCAGGUAACUUAAAGGUCCAUCAGAGACUUCAUACUGAAGAGAAACCUUAUCACUGUAAUGUCUGUGGAAAGAGUUUCAAUCAACAUGGCAGUUUACUGAAACACCAGAAAACUCAUACAGGUAAAAAACCUUAAAAACCUCUCAGUGUGACAAGCGUUUACAUGAUCAGGUCACUUAAAAUCCCAUGAGAGAUCUCAUACUGGAGAAAACGCUUACGUCUGCUCGAUCUGUGGAGAGAUAUUUGCUCUCUCUAGAAUUCUUCAGCAUCAUCAGAAGAAAUUGAAGAACAAACUACACUGAAAACAUCAUAGUGCCUUAAAGUCUUUACACGCUGACUGCGUAUAUUCAGCGUGAGUGUUUGACGCAAUACCACGCUAGAAUAAAAACAACUGAUUUUUAUCAAUGACUUUACAUUGAAGUUAUUUGCUGUACGAAAAAACUAACUUUUUUUCUGACCACUGUUUAGAAUUUCCACCGUACACAACAUUCGGACACGACUGUGGGAGUUCACCCCUAGUGCCAGUCAUCAUGAAAUCUCAGUUUAAUCGUAAACCCGUGCCAACAUGGGAGAGAAGCUCCUUCUAGUGCAAGAGCCCUCAAUCUACAAAUAUUCACUAUAGUGGAAUAUAUAAAUGAAUACAAAUGAGUGAAACACUAAACAGCUAUACAUAUAUGACAAAGACCAGCAUGAUUUUUGGAGAAAACAAAUUAAAUUUUAAAAAUAAUAUUACAUUAAAUUAAUUUAUUACUAAUCAGUAAUGAAUCAUUUUGAACACAUUACUGAAAUUGUUACUGAAAUAUAUCGCUUCUGGUCGGCAUAUCGCAUGUGGUGUAGUCGCAGAAGUUACACUCUUCUGGGUUAUCAGUCGUGGUUUGUUGUGUACAGUGGAAGGGCAAGCUUUAAAGGAACACGCCAACUUUUUUGGACUUUAGCUUUAGGGACUUUAUUCACCGUAUCCCCGAGAUUUAGAUAAGUCCAUGCAUACCUUUUUCAUUUCUGUGCGUUCCGUAAAGCCCGGAAUACACUGCAGGAUUUUUGCCUUCUUAUAAGAUCAUUAACUUAUCACACUGUGCGACAUGGAUUGUUUAAACUCUGGUACGACAGGCAUGUAGACUGUACAAUGAUGACACGGAAGCUCCAAACGCUGCGUCACACGUUGCGCAACGUCAACAGCAUGCGCUCGUGGUAAAUAAAUACCAGUAUGCAGGUCGUAGCAGCAAACACACUGUGCAGUGAUCAUGCCGAAUUUCUGACACUGUCAGAAAACUAUCGUAGGCUAUCUUUGGACGCAAGACCGGAAAAACUGUACAACAUAGGAUCACCGACGAAGAGCCCCGAUAACAAAAAUCGCUGCAAUUGUUUCACGAUGGCAAUCUUUCAUCUGGGACAGCCAAUAAUCGUGCAGUGUAUCCCGGGCUUUACUCUGUCUCUGUCUGACGCACUCACUGCUAGCCUAGCUUAGCACAAAUACUGGAAGUAAAUGGCUCCAGCUAGCAUACUGCUCCCAAUAUGUAACAAAAUAACGCCAACAUCUUCCUAUUUAUAUGUUCUGAUUUGUAUAGUCACAGCGUGUACAAAUAACAAGGUCAUCUGUACACAUAUAAAUAAGAAAACGCUGGUGUUAUAAACCCCUAAAACUCUUGGCAAUUACAAUAAGGUUACAGCACUUUGUGCUUGAACCCCUAAUAAAGCAGCAAUAAUAAUGCUUAUAAAAAUGAAUUUAUCCCAAGCCAUGGAAAUCUCAUGCCCCACCAGUGUUAGAAUCAAUCAAAUGAUAUGAUAAAACAUUUUUUUUGCUUCUUAAACAUUAUUUAAUAUAAGCAACCCAGAAAAAUAUUUCCAAAAAGGGCUACUGAGAUUACCACGGGACACAUAAAGUUACAUAGAUGAUGCAUGUGUCUAUUAUAUUUUUAACUAUACCAAUUACUAAUUUUAAAAAUUUGUAUUUUUAUCGGUUUCUUAAAAUGAGUUUUUACAGCUUUUUACUGAAUGAUUCACCAAUUACAUUGUCAUAAAAAACUGGUCCACUGGAGUGAACAUAAAUGAUGUGAGACUCUGGCUCUGACCAAUCAGAAGACCAAUAAGACAGGAGGUUAAACAAUCAACUUUGAGUUUGUUUAUGAAGAGACAUUGUAAAGCAAUAAAACCUUGGUUGGUGUUGUUAAUCUGAUUUGACCCUCAGGUGGGGCUGCUAACACACAUUUAAACCUCGUUGAUCUCUUCACUACAAAUUCUUUCACCCUAAACCUUCCUCCCAGCCUUCAGGCUCACAUGAUUGAGUAUCUGCUGAAUAUAUAUGAUCUUAUGUAUAAAUGUUGUUUUGACUGAGAGUGCAAUUUUAUAUUCAUGUGUGGUAUCAUUUUAAAGGCCAUGUUGUGAUGGGUAAAAAUGUCUAAUUUCUAUAUAAGUCUAAAAGAAACUGUACCAAAGUUCAGAAUUUAUAGCAUAAUCUGCACUUCUGCGGGAGGUGUGUCCUCCUGAGGAGAUCUAGUUUACAGAUGGCUAACAAUCCCAUUUGGUGCCCCUUCAGGUCACGAGAACCUGACCAACCAAAUUUGGGACUUUUAUGAUUCUCUAUCUCAUGACUCAGUGAGGAUUCUGAAAUUUGUAAACAACUGUGUGUGUAUUAAAUCAUAAUGGAUGUACUCUGUAGCCAGUCUCUGCCUGGUAUGUCUUUGUAACGUUUGCAACUGUUGAUACUUUUUAAAUAUAGAAUUUAAUCAUAUUCUGUGUUGUAUUCUUUAAUUGAUGCUUGAAGUUGAAACCUGCCUGGCACAAAAAAAUUGUUAUUAUUGAUUCAUUUUAAUUUUUCAGAAAUUGUUAUUUCCAGUAGAUUAGAAUGAGUCUGGUAUUACAGCAAAAUAAGUAUGUCAGAAUAUAAAGGAAGUUUUAAAGGUGAUUGGAGCUUGGGGCACAUUCACCAGGGCUCCCUGAUUUAUGUCUAUCACCUUACUUAGCAAGUUGCAUGAUCAUGACUAAAGUAACUAUUUUUAUGAUCUAAACCAAGGUCU